UAUCGCCGACAUAUGCCACGCCUAAAACUGUUUCCAACGCAGUGUGUGUGAUCGGCUUCUAUACGGAGACAGAGCGGAAACAUCUCCAACGUGUCAGAGACACCUGCAGCACCAUGGCGCAUGCGCCGGAAGUGACUGGAUUCACCGUUCACCGGCACGACGACCUCCCGUCCAUACCGAGAACGAAGGUGUACGUGAUGUUCGUGGAUUUCAAUGAAAGGAGUGUCAUUCUCGAAGACCCACGGAAAGGACUCGGAGAUCUCCGGUUGCUUACCAUGCGACAGUUGUGGAGCCUUGGAGGAGACGCAAUACUGGUAUACUGUGGAGAUGUAGGCUCCAGACAUCUUAAGGGCAAUGAUUUAUUCAACAGAGACCUGACGUCCAUCUGCCACCACCAGGAACUCUCUAGGCUGAAAAACCAGGAACGAAUGUUCAGCAUACACGACCGAUUUACGCCUUACCAAGAAAACCAUAUCAGGAAUAUCAUUUUUACAAACUGUUGCUAAAUUGACAUAAUCCAGUUUUACAGUCUUAAUACCAUUAAUCAGAGACGAUAUAUAUCAUUUUUACAAACUGUUGCUAAAUUGACAUAAUCCAGUUUUACAGUCUUAAUACCAUU